AUGUCACACCGACCCGAAAUAAGAGACAGCCGUGGGUCGGCAGGCUCAUCAGUCACAAUGAACGGAAGGCCAUCAACAUCAGAGCAGUGGGAGGCCAACUUUGCCCCCAUCAACACGGGGAAGAAUGGCGAUUCAUCCGAUGACAAUGCCACCCUUGCCAGCCCUACGAGAGAUACCCACCGAGACACGAUGAUGAUCGACGAGGAGGACAGGAGAGAACUUCAGAGAAUCGCAACAACACUCUCACAAAGACGCCAGAGUGCACUGAGCUUCGGCCAGCCUGGAUCGGCCGACGUUGCCUACGGCCAGAACCUCACGACCGAGAAUGACCCAGCCCUAGACCCGACGAGCAAGUCCUUUGACCUCUCGAAAUGGCUCCAGAACAUGAUGCAACAGAUGCAAAAUGAGGGCAUCAACCUCAAGAACGCCGGUGUCGCCUACAAGGACUUGAAUGUUUCUGGAACCGGUGCCGCCCUGCAGCUUCAGCAGACUGUGGGCUCAUUUCUCCAGGCCCCCCUGAGAAUUGGCGAGCAUCUUAGCUUCGGCAAGAAGGAGCCUAAGAGGAUCCUCCACAGCUUUGAUGGAAUUCUCAACAGCGGAGAGCUUUUGAUCGUCCUUGGCAGACCUGGAUCCGGUUGCAGCACUCUCCUCAAGACCAUGACCGGUGAGCUUCACGGUCUGAGCUUGGGCCAUGACUCCGUUAUCCACUACAACGGUAUUCCCCAGAAGCGGAUGAUGAAGGAGUUCAAGGGAGAGACAGUUUACAACCAAGAGGUUGACAAGCACUUUCCCCAUCUCACGGUUGGGCAAACCCUUGAGUUCGCCGCCGCAGUCCGUACUCCUUCAAGGAGAAUUCAGGGUAUGACCCGCGAUGAGCACCACAAGCAAGCAGCCCAGAUCGUCAUGGCUGUUUGCGGUCUGAGCCAUACCUACAACACCAAGGUCGGCAAUGACUUCGUCCGCGGUGUUUCUGGUGGCGAGCGCAAGCGUGUGAGCAUCGCUGAGAUGAUGCUUGCUGGUUCUCCCAUGUGCGCAUGGGACAACAGCACCCGCGGUCUGGAUUCAGCUACUGCCUUGAAGUUUGUUCAGGCUCUGCGCCUUGCUUCCGACUUCACUGGCAGCGCCAACGCCGUCGCCAUCUACCAGGCCAGUCAGGCUAUCUACGACCUUUUCGACAAGGCUGUUGUCCUGUACGAGGGCCGCCAGAUCUACUUCGGUCCCGCCGCUGCGGCAAAGUCUUACUUUGAACGCAUGGGCUGGGACUGCCCUCAGCGCCAGACCACUGGUGACUUCCUCACCUCGGUCACCAACCCUCAAGAACGCCGGGCUCGCCCUGGCAUGGAGAACCAGGUUCCUCGCACCCCUGAAGAGUUCGAGGCGUACUGGCGCCAGUCCCCCGAGUACGCUGCUCUCCGCCAGGAGAUUGAGCAGCACCAGGAGGCCUUCCCCAUGGGCUCUAACAGCCAGGCGCUUACCGAGCUGCGUCAGAUGAAGAACGAGCGACAGGCCAAGCAUGUCCGUCCCAAGUCGCCAUACAUCAUUAGCAUGGCCAUGCAGGUCAAGUUGACUACGAAGAGAGCUUACCAGAGGAUAUGGAACGACAUGUCUGCUACAGCUACUUCAGCUGUUAUCAAUCUUAUGUUGGCUCUCAUCAUUGGUUCAGUUUUCUACGGUACGCCAGACGCAACUGCCGGAUUCUACGCAAAAGGAUCCGUUCUCUUCCAGGCUAUUCUCAUGAACGCCCUCACUGCCAUUUCCGAAAUCAACAGUCUGUACGAUCAACGGCCCAUCGUCGAAAAGCAUGCAUCUUACGCCUUCUAUCACCCCGCUGCCGAAGCCAUCGCUGGAAUUGUCGCUGAUAUUCCCAUCAAGUUUAUCACAGCGACGACCUUCAAUCUCGUGCUCUAUUUCCUCGCAGGACUUCGACGCGAACCCGGCCAGUUCUUCUUGUACUUCUUGAUCACCUACAUCUCCACCUUUGUCAUGAGCGCCGUUUUCAGAACCAUGGCCGCCAUCACCAAGACUGUGUCACAGGCUAUGAUGUUGGCAGGUGUCUUGGUAUUGGCUCUCGUUAUCUACACUGGUUUCGUCGUUCGCGUUCCCCAGAUGGUUGACUGGUUUGGCUGGAUCCGAUGGAUUAAUCCCAUCUUCUAUGCCUUCGAGAUCCUCAUCGCCAACGAGUUCCACGGCCGAGAGUUUACCUGCUCAGACAUCAUUCCCUCCUACACCCCUCUGAACGGUGACUCCUGGAUCUGCUCUGCAGUUGGCGCGGUCGCCGGCCAGCGCACUGUUAGCGGCGAUGCCUUCAUCGGAACCAACUACCAGUACUACUACUCUCAUGUCUGGAGAAACUUUGGAAUUCUUUUGGCUUUCCUGUUCUUCUUCAUGAUCCUCUACUUUGUCGCGACCGAGCUCAACUCUGCCACCACCAGCACCGCCGAGGUCCUUGUCUUCCAGCGCGGCCAUGUUCCCGCCCACCUUCAAGAUGGUGUCAACCGCAGCGCUUCCAACGAGGACAUGGCAGUCCCUGUUAAGAGCAAGAACGAUGGCCCUGAACCCAACGUCAGCUCCAUCCCGCCCCAGAAGGACAUCUUCACCUGGAGGGAUGUUGUCUAUGACAUCGAGAUCAAGGGUGAGCCUCGCCGCUUGUUGGACAACGUCUCCGGUUGGGUCAAGCCUGGUACUCUCACAGCUCUGAUGGGUGUCAGUGGCGCUGGAAAGACGACUCUCCUUGAUGUUCUCGCUCAAAGAACCACCAUGGGCGUCAUUACCGGCGACAUGUUUGUCAACGGCAAGCCCCUUGAUGCAAGCUUUCAGCGCAAGACUGGCUACGUCCAGCAGCAGGAUCUCCACUUGGAGACAUCAACUGUUCGUGAGAGCUUGCGAUUCAGCGCUAUGCUCCGCCAGCCAAAGACUGUUAGCAAGGAAGAAAAGUACGCCUUCGUCGAAGAGGUCAUUGACAUGCUCAACAUGCGCGACUUCGCCGACGCUGUUGUCGGUGUGCCCGGUGAGGGUCUCAACGUCGAGCAGCGCAAGCUCUUGACCAUUGGUGUUGAACUCGCCGCCAAGCCCAAGCUUCUUCUCUUCCUCGACGAGCCAACCAGUGGUCUCGACUCCCAGAGUUCGUGGGCUAUUUGCGCCUUCCUGCGCAAGCUCGCCGACUCCGGCCAAGCUGUCCUCUGCACCGUCCACCAGCCUAGCGCCAUCCUCUUUCAGCAGUUCGAUCGCCUUCUGUUCCUCGCUCGUGGCGGUAAGACCGUCUACUUCGGCGACAUUGGUGACAACUCUCAAACCCUUCUGAACUACUUCGAGUCCCAUGGCGCCAGAAGAUGCGAUGAUGAUGAGAACCCUGCCGAGUACAUGCUCGAGAUCGUCAAUAACGGAACCAACUCUGACGGCGAAGAUUGGCACAGUGUUUGGAGGGGCAGCAAUGAACGCCACGGUGUUGACGCCGAGAUCGAGAGAAUUCAUCUUGAGAAGGCCAACGAAAUGGUCUCUGGCAGCGAAGAUGAAGGCUCUCACUCCGAAUUCGCCAUGCCCUUCUCUACUCAAUUGGUCGAGGUUACCACUCGUGUCUUCCAGCAGUACUGGCGCAUGCCCAACUACGUCUUCGCCAAGUUCAUCCUCGGUAUCGCCGCAGGUCUCUUUGUCGGUUUCUCCUUUUACAAGGCCAAUGGUACGAUGGCUGGAAUGCAAAACGUUGUCUUCGCCGUCUUCAUGGUCAUCACCAUCUUCUCCACCAUUGUUCAACAGAUCCAGCCUCACUUCAUUACCCAGCGUUCUCUGUACGAGGUUCGCGAGCGCCCCAGCAAGGCCUACUCCUGGAAGGCUUUCAUGUUCGCCAACAUCAUCGUCGAGAUCCCUUACCAGAUCGUCACCGGUAUCCUCAUCUUCGUGUGCUUCUACUACCCUGUCAUCGGCAUCCAGAGCACCGCCAGACAAGGUCUGGUUCUCCUCUUCGCCAUCCAGCUCCUCAUUUACGCCAGCUCUUUUGCUCACAUGACCAUUGCCGCUUUCCCCGACGCUCUCACCGCUUCAGGCGUCGUCACCAUGCUUGUUCUCAUGAGCUUGACCUUCUGCGGUGUCCUGCAGUCGCCGACCGCCCUCCCCGGCUUCUGGAUCUUCAUGUACCGCGUUUCUCCAUUCACGUACUGGGUGGCCGGCAUCGUUGGCACUCAGCUGCACGGCCGACCCGUCACUUGCUCUGCCGACGAGACCUCCAUCUUUAACCCCCCCGCCAAUCAGACUUGUGGCGAGUACCUCAGCGACUACCUCAAGAUGGCCCCUGGACAGCUGCAAAACCCUGAUGCCACCGAGCAGUGCAGGUACUGCUCCCUGAGCAACGCGGACCAAUACCUCGCCGGCAGCAACAUCUUCUAUGAUGAGCGCUGGCGCAACUUCGGAAUCAUGUGGGCGUUCAUCAUUUUCAACAUCUUCGUCGCCGUCAUGUCCUACUACCUCGUACGCGUCAAGAAGUGGAACUCCGGCUCAUCCAAGCCCAAGAAGGAGUCCAAGGGAAAGGGUCGUGCUACUCAAUAA